AUGGGCGCUGGGGUCCCUUGGCGGCGCCUCUGGGCCGCCCCUGGCUGCCGCUCCGCGCGCCAGGGAGGGGGGGGGUCGAGCGCCGAUCCGAUAGAUUGGCGCGGACGUUCGAGUUUUCAUGCUCAUGUCAUUGUUCCUUCCCCUGCCAUCGGCCCAGAGGACGGCUUCAUGUGGCGGCGGCAGGUGGAGCUGCAGGCGCGGGCGAACCCGACCGGGGCCCCGGAGUUUUACUACCCGGAUCGGCCGGACGCCGUGGCGCGGCAGAUGGUGGCCUCCGUCCCGCUGCGCCGCCUAGGCACCCCCGAGGAGGUGAUCCAGACCGUGCUCUUCCUGCUGAGCUCGAGGGACGCGGACUCCGAGCAGGGCAGGCACUGCAACAUCGACAGGCACCUCGUGCACGACAAGCAGUGCCCGGUCUGCAAGACCCCCAUAGACAUCAUGGACAGGAUCGACGGCUCGUCCUCGAACAGGCCGGGCGAGCCCAAGGUCCUGUCGGAGGCUGCGAUGGAGCUGCUGCCUCCUGCUGGAGGUUCUUCUUCGAGUUCGGCGCAGGCGUCCACCGACGCGGCGCAGGCUGCCGGGGAGCCCGGCGCUGCCGCCGCGGCGGGCGGCGCCGCCCGCGCGGAGGUCGCACAGCCCGCGCAGGCCUCGGCCGAGGCCGACGCCGACCUGGGCGCGGCGCCCGCGGCGAGCGAGGGCACGCCCGCGCUCGCAGGCACAGCGCAGCUGCCCCGGCUGCGCGGCCUCGGCCGCGAUCCUUUGUCAGGAGGGGCAGAGCACAGGCGGCCACCGUCCACCCGCGUUGCCACGCGACGGGUAGAGCAGAGCGCCAAGGCCUCCCUUGCCAUGCCCACCGCGGCGGCCACGACCGGCACCGCCCUCCAGGGCAGCACCUCCGCGGCCUGCGCGGCAGCGGAGGCCGCCUGCGCCCCGGGGGCGCGCGGCGCGGGCGCGGGGAGGCCGGCGCCGGCGCCGCCGAAGCCACGCGCGCGGGGGCUGGGCGGGGCGGGCGCCGCGAGGUACGAGGCCUUGCACGUGGUCGGUUCUGGGGUCUUCGGGACGGUCUUCAUGGCGAGGGACCGCGAGACCGACGGCAGGGUGGUGAUCAAGCGGUUGGCGGCCACCGCCGGCGAGAACGGAGUGCCCGCGAGCGUCAUCCGCGAGGUGUCGUUGCUGCGCGAUCUGGUCCACCCGAACAUCGUGCAGCUGAAGGACUUGCAGAUCGUCGGCCCCGACGGGUUCGAUCUGAUCUUCGAGUACAUCCCUGACGACCUGCACCGGGUUUUGAAGGGUUACCGGAGGGAGGGUACGCAGUUGCCCAUGGAGAAGAUCGUGCUGUACUGGCAAGGUCUCCUCGACGGAAUCCACGCGUGCCACACACGCAUGGUGAUCCAUCGUGACCUCAAGCCGCAGAACGUCCUCAUCCAUCCCACGGACGGCCUCAAGAUCUGCGACUUCGGCCUGGCCCGCAUCUCCUCGCUCACAGUUCAGAGCUACACCCUGGAGGUCGUCACCUUGUGGUAUCGCGGCCCCGAGCUGUUGCUGGGGCAUCCCAGCUACGGCCUGCCGGUGGACAUCUGGUCUGCGGGAUGCAUCCUUGCCGAGAUCGCCACUGGCUACCCGAUGUUCCCUGGGGACUCCGAGAUUGGCACAGUCUUCAAGAUCAUGCAGCUGCUGGGCUCCCCCACGGAGGCGACCUGGCCGGGCUUCGAGCAGAGCCUGUCGUUCUGGAGGCCCAGCUACCCGAGCUGGCCGCCCACGGGCCUCAAGACGAUCAGCGACCAGCGCCCAGAGCUUGGCGAUGCCGGGAUGGACCUGGUCCGCUCCUUGCUGGCCAUGAACCCUGCGGCCCGGCCAACAUCUCGGAGGGCCAAGGCCCACGCCUUCUUCGCGCGGCGUGGCGGCGCGCCGCCGGCGGCCGCCCCGCCCUGCUGA